CUUCUUCCUCACUCCACAGCAAAGAGCCAGCAAUAAACCCUCCUUUUCUCUCGCUCCACGCCGGUUUUCUCUCUCUAUACUACAACUGCUUUGUAUCAGCACAUUCAAUCCAUAAAAUUCGCCUCCACAUUUCGGGAUCUGGGUCGUCUUUAUUACGAAGUAUUCUCUAAAUACCCGAACAAGGCAUAAUUUGCUCAUUCUUCUUUCUUUUUCUGAAUCUUGACAAGCCACCCAGUCCUGCGUUUCUAGGAUUGUGAGCCAUUAAGACUUCGAUUUAGACAUGGCCUCCUCACUAAUCUGAUCUUGGAGACGAAUUAGUCGUGUAUGAAUAACGCAUACCCAUACUGCAUUUUUUGUGGCGUGUAUUAAGUGUUCUAAUCACAUUUGGAAUCCUCAAAUGAUUGAGUUUGAUGACAAGACGACAGUAAAGUUCUGAUCUUUUUAUUCAGGAGAAACUUUCCCAUGGCUCAUCCAUCAGACCAGAGGUUGUGCAGCCAAGGGGCAGUGAGAUGCGUGGUGAUAUUUGUUUGCUUGUUUCUGGUUCUUUACAUGGUAAGGCCAUCAGUCCUCAGGAGAUCCAAAUUGAGGUCAAGUGGUCUAGAUUCAUGCCCCCCUUGUUCCUGCGACUGUGAAGAAGAUUCCAUGUUGCCCUUGCCUUUAGAUUUUCUGAAUGGUUCGAUUGCAGAUUGUGCUAAAGACAAUCCUGAAAUGAAUGAGGAAAUGAAAAAGGACAUCAUCACCCUACUAUCAGAAGAGAUUAACUUGUUGAAGAAUGUGACGAGUGACAGCUUGGAACACACGAACACGCUAAUUACAGGUGCCAAAAGAGCAUCUUCUCACUACCAAAGAGAAGCGGAGAAAUGCAAUGCAGGGAUGGAAACGUGUGAAGAAGCUAGAGAAAGGGCCCAAGCGGCUCUAAUAGAAGAGCGCAAGCUCUCUGAACUGUGGGAGACUCGAGCCAGGGAAUUCGGAUGGAAAGAUGAGUGAAGUGCCUUGCUGCUA